AUGUCUAAAAACAACGAGGAAGAACGCCGGACAAAAUUCUGGGAUAAGCUUGAGCUCAAAUUAGGCGCUUUCAUGCCACUUCAUAUAAGAAAUAUUUUUAAAUACAAUAGCUUGGAUAAUCCACGUUCUAGUCGUUUCAUUGAAGAAGGCACAAUUAGUGAUAUUGAAGAAUUUUUAAGAACUACCAUGACAAAGUUACUCGAAAAUAUCGAGGAUAAGGACAAUUAUUUUGGUGUACAGCAUCAACAACCAGAAAAUUUCAAAUUUAAUCAUGGUGAUAAGUUUCUCCUUAUCACCCUUGCCGAACAUGUCAGAUCAAAACCCCCGAUCAUUACGGUGGCAAAAGUACAGAAAAUAACGUACAGAAAAAAAACGCAAUUAGAAUUUUGUGCUUUUGAAGAAAUACGAAAGUUAAAAAACGCAUUAAGUUCGACAUCGAAUAAAAAACGGAAACACUAUAAAGAUGAUACACUUUCUGAAAAAACUUACAGAAGAAUGAUGGGCAUGGAAGUUUCAAUAGAAGUGACGAAGAAAACAAAUAAUAAAAAUGACAGAAUGAAUGAAGUGGUUUAA